GAAUAUAUGCACACAAAGACACACUUGCAGCUCAGAGGCCACUUCAAACAAGGUUCUUGAAUUCAGAUGAGCUUGGAGAGACGGGAUGCAACAAAUCUACAGAUCUGAUCUGAACUGAUCGACUGACAAGCUAACGUUGGGAUAUCAGGAAAUUUAUCAGGUUCGUUGAUCUGUCUGUCUCUGUCUCUUACAAUCUGUUUUCAUGACUACUAUACAGCUUGUUGCUAUGCCAUUUGGUUUCCGUGGUGAUGCCUGAUACGGGAUGACCUCGUACAGGACGACCUUACUUUUCUGAUUGUGGGUCCAUGAGUUGUGUGUGUUUGGCAGUCUGCAUGAGCCUCUCUAUGUUUGCAUGUCUCUUUAAUGUGAGUGUGUGUUGUAGCUGCAUUUUAUUAUGUGUAGGUGUGUUUAUUAGCAUUUUUUGUGACAGUGUAUGUACCUUAAGUUGGGUAUGUCGGCAUGUGUCCGUCUGUCUGUUUGUGUGUAGGAUGACAGGUCCAGUGCAGGAUUCACAGAGGCUGUCUGUGAAGACAUGGACAGAGGAGGAGAGUGACCGAGCUGACAGCACACUUAGCAGAGCUCAGUCGAUGUGUGAUGACACUUCUUCAGAGCUUCAGAGAAUGGCGGCAAUCGACAGAAGAGAGAUUAAUAAUUCCCAGAAUUCCUUUCAGGGGCGAGGUGCUCUGUCCAGGAUAGUUGGUAUGGUGAUGACUCUGAGAGAAUGGGCACAGAAGAGUCUACAUGAGGAGACAGAGCGACCAGAUUCCUUCUUGGAACGUUUUAGAGGCCCCGCUCAAAUGGACACCCAGGCCCCACCCAGCAGGUUCAGCCACAGUCACACUGGCUCUGAUGCAGGCAAUGAAAUCAGACGCCCCAGACGCAAGAGGAAGUGUAAAGUCGUGGUCUUAUCACCGUCUGAUGAUGCAUACUACAACUGGCUGCUGGUGAUUGGUGCUGCUGUUUUUUAUAACUGGACUCUCCUAGUUGUCAGGGCCUGUUUCGAUGAUCUCCAGAUGAGGAAUGUGUUGGUGUGGCUGGUACUGGACUACAUUUGUGAUGGAGUCUAUAUCCUGGAUAUAGCGGUUCGUCUCCACACAGGUUUCUUGGAUCAAGGCUUGAUGGUGAAAGAUGUGCGCCGUCUGAGGGAAACCUACGUACGAACCCCACAGUGUAAAAUUGACAUUUGCUCCAUUCUUCCAACUGACCUCCUGUACCUGACCGUUGGAAUCAGCUACACUCCCCUUCUUCGAUUCAACCGGCUGCUGCGUCUGCCACGCCUGUUUGAGUUGUUUGAACGUACGGAGACACGAACGGGCUACCCCAACGCUUUCCGCAUCUGUAAACUGGUUCUGUACAUCCUGGUGAUUAUCCACUGGAAUGCCUGUGGAUACUACAGCUUCUCCAAGGUCCUGGGACUGGGCUCUGAUUCUUGGGUUUAUCCCAAUGCAUCGGAUCCUGAGUUUGGUUCCCUGACCAGAAGUUACAUAUACUGUCUGUACUGGUCGACUCUGACACUGACCACCAUCGGAGAAACACCUCCUCCUGUUAGAGAUGAAGAAUAUUUGUUCCUGAUAUUUGACUUCCUGGUCGGUGUCCUGAUUUUUGCCUCCAUUGUGGGUAAUGUUGGAUCCAUGAUCUCCAAUAUGAAUGCCACAAGAGCAGCCUUUCAGAGCCGCGUAGACACCCUGAAACACUACAUGCACUUCAGAAGCGUCAGCAAGGUGCUAGAGCAGCGUGUCAUUCGCUGGUUUGACUACCUCUGGACCAAUCAGAAGACAAUAGAUGAGCAGGAAGUGCUGAGGAGCCUGCCCAAUAAACUGAGAGCAGAGAUUGCUAUUAAUGUUCACCUGGACACACUGAAGAAGGUGCGUAUCUUCCAGGACUGUGAGGCAGGCCUCCUCAUAGAAUUGGUAUUAAAACUUCGACCGCAGGUUUUCAGUCCUGGAGACUACAUCUGUAGAAAGGGAGAUGUAGGUAAGGAGAUGUACAUAAUUAAAGAUGGCCAGCUGGCAGUGGUAGGGGAGGAUGGAGUCACCCAGUUUGCUGUUCUGACCUCAGGAAGCUGCUUCGGCGAAAUCAGCAUUCUGAACAUCAGCGGCAGCAAGAUGGGUAACAGACGUACGGCUAACAUUCGCAGUCUGGGAUACUCAGACCUGUUCUGCCUUUCCAAACAAGACCUGAUGGAAGCGCUUCAGGAGUUCCCCCACGCCAGGGCCCAGCUGGAGCAGAGGGGGCGGGACAUCCUGCGGAAGGAGGGGCUUCUUGAGGAAGUAAACGUGUCUGCAGGGGAGGAGCUCGAGGAGAAGGUGGAAAGGCUGGAAACCAGUCUGGAUCGGCUACAGACGUGUUUGGCCCGUCUGCAGAGCGAGUUCAACGCUUCCCAGCUUCGACUGAAACAGCGAAUCACAACCCUCGAACACAACAUCCCCACAGUAGCCACAGGCAGCGGCUUCCUGUCAGACAGCAACGAGAGUGUUUCUGGCGGUGAUGGCGUGCGCAGUGAAAUCAACAUCCGCUUCUGAACGCAUACUCAAACUACAGAAAUGUAUGGAAAAGCACAUGUCAUUGUUCCUGACCCGAGGUCAGAACAGAUUAUGGACCCAAAUUAUCCUGUAGUGUGAGGGAUUAACAGACAUAAUCUUAGGUCAGCACAGUGUAUUUUAAAGUGCAAGCACAACACAACAUGUUGGUGAAGCUUCCCAGUCAGCUUGUUCUCAUUGGAUGUUUCGGGUUUCUGAUUGGAGGCACCACGAUUUUGAAUUAUAAACAUCAAACAUUUACAACUAGCUGACCGGGAGGCGUCACCAAUUGUGUAUUUUCUUGCGCUAUUAAAUGUAUAAACCAUGCUGAUGUCGUCUUCUCAGCCAUGAGUUCAUCGGUUCAUCCACAGAUUUAUUCUCUUAGUUUGUUUUUCUGCGCAAAACACAGUGCACAGUGUGUGUUCUUAAGAUUGAAAUAUUAAAAUGUGUGUUAUGUCUGUGGUACACGUUUUUAAAAUCUGUUAGGAUUUGAAAAUCCUCUAGUGUGCACCAGACAUUUAUUUAUACUUUUAUUUAUUCAUAAAUAUUGAAGUGCAAAAGAUAACACCAUAAACCUCAUUUAGUAUGACGUUAACUGUCUGACUAUUUGACAUAAUUCAGUGUAAAAUGUGUUUAUUUGAUGUCUUAAUUUUUUUUUUUUACUUUCUCCCUCCUUACCUUACUGAAGGAGAAUAAGAACCAAUUGGUGUACAUUUAAUUAACUUCAGGUGUAUAGCACCAUUCAUCAUUAAAUACAGCUCAUAGUACUAUAUAUAAAAGUGCAUAGGGGAGAAAAAAAACAUUUAAAGCAACUAAAGAAGCCUCUUGGAUGAGAGGCGAAAUGUCUUCAGGUAUUUUCAACCAAGUCCAGUUGCCCUUAAUUUUAACUAACCUUUGUACUGGAUGACUGAGAAUCUUCAGACAUUUAAACCAACAAACAAAUUCAAAGGUUGCAGACACUCAAUUUAGACAGUAGUAAAAAAUACAAUAACACAUUGAGCCAAUCACUAAUGCUUUGGCUGAAGAGGAGGAUUUACACAGGAAUUCACUCAUGGCUGACACAGAUAUUAACCACUACACUACUAUGGGAACAUUACUCAUUAGGCCAAAAAUCUGUCCACUUGACUCGUGUCUCAAGAGGUGUCUUCAACAAUGUCUUUUUCCACUAGGGGGCAAAGAAUCACUAUGAAUAUGAUUACAUGCCUGCUGUGAGAACUGAAUAUGGUAUCAAAGCAGCUUUAACUUCACAUGUCCAGGAGGUUGUUCUAUUUAUCUAUGGGAACAUCACAAACUACCUAAAUAAAAAUCAGUGCGCAUACACACUGCUUAAACUAUCACACAGCAUACAAAGUGUUUUUAGUUUAAAGGAAUAGUUUAGCAUGUUUAGAGUUUUCUAUUGGGGUUUGCAAGUUCUCUCAAGCGGUUCUUUCUUUUUUUCACAGCUCAUCCACUCUAAUUGAAAAUAGAAAUGCAGAGAAUGUUUUUUUUAAUGUUGUACUGACUGCUGAAGAUCACAACCCUUAUAGCCUUAAUGAAUGCAGCUGAAAUAACAAAAUCAAUUAAAUUAAUAUAAAUUACAGUAAUA